UUUCUCUCCCACAUCAUCGACCAAGAAUCAAGGCGGAACGUUACAGACAGACGACCCCGUUUCGUUUACCUACUUCGUGCCCCGUACCUUUUCUCUCAUUGCGACCGUCGCUCCCACCACCACCCAUAGUCACCAGAUAUAUAUCGCCCUGUCCCAUCAGUCCAUCACGCACUCUUCCUCUCUUCCCCCCCUUCUCUCUCUCUCUUCUUCCGCCAACAAAUACCAGAUCUGCGCUCCUUCAACCAACUUGAUACCCCAACGGACCGCAUCUUAGUCUUCUUUCCCCUCCCAUUCCCAAAUUCAUACCCCUCGUCGCAGCUAGUUGCGAUCGACACCAGCAAAUUUCUUCACGAUGGCCAUUGGAACUGUCUUGGUUACCGGCGGCACCGGCUACAUUGGCUCCUUCACCUCCCUCACCCUGCUUGAGAACGGCUACGAUGUCGUCAUCGUCGACAGCCUCUACAACUCGUCCAAGGUCGCCGUCGACCGCAUCGAGCUCCUGAGUGGCAAGCGCCCCCACUUCUACCAGGUCGACAUCACCGACAAGGCCGGCCUCGACGAGGUCUUCAAGAAGCACCCCGAGAUCGACAGUGUCAUCCACUUCGCCGCCCUCAAGGCUGUCGGCGAGUCGGGCGAGAUCCCCCUCGAGUACUACCGCGUCAACGUCGGCGGCACCGUCACGUUGCUCAAGUCCAUGACGGAACACAAUGUGCCCAACAUUGUCUUCUCCUCCUCGGCGACCGUCUACGGCGACGCCACCCGCUUCGAGAACAUGAUCCCCAUCCCCGAGCACUGCCCCAUUGGCCCGACCAACACCUACGGCCACACCAAGGCCUUUGUCGAGCAGAUCAUCACCGACCACAUCCAGGCCGAGCGCAACAGGCUGAAGAAGGCCGACAAGCCCUUUGAGCACUUCAACGGCGCCUUGCUCAGAUACUUCAACCCCUGCGGCGCCCACCCCUCAGGCCUCAUUGGCGAGGACCCCCAGGGCGUUCCUUACAACCUGUUGCCCCUGCUUGGCAAGGUCGCGACCGGCGAACGCGAGAAGUUGCUCGUUUUCGGCGACGACUACGCGUCGAGAGACGGCACCGCCAUUCGCGACUACAUCCACGUCGUCGACCUGGCCAAGGGCCAUCUGGCCGCGCUCAACUACCUCCGCGAGAACAAGCCCGGCGUCAAGGCAUGGAAUCUGGGCUCCGGCCGCGGCAGCACCGUCUUUGAGAUUAUCAAGGCCUUCAGCCACGUCGUCGGCCGCGAGCUCCCCUACGAGGUCGUCCCCAGACGCCAGGGCGACGUCCUGGACCUCACGGCCAACCCCUCACUCGCGAACAAAGAACUCAGCUGGAAGACGGAGAAGACGUUGGAGGAGGCCUGCGAGGACCUUUGGCGCUGGGUCAGCAACAACCCCAAGGGCUACCGCCAGGAUCCUCCCCCCGAGCUCCUCGCCAACGCCAAGCCCACCAGCGGUUGAGCAUGGAGAUUGAUAAAUAAAGAUUAUACACCGGGGCGAUUGACCAAAAUGUAGAAGCGCGGAGAACUCGCUUGGCCAACAUAGACGGAUGAUAGAAUUAGUGCUAUUCACAGCGAAACCCCAUGAUAAGACGUCCAACCCUU